AUGCCGGUUAAGUGUCUCGUCGACCUGGCCACGCAGGCUUGUAUCAAGAAUAUUCGCCAUCUCGACGGCGUCGGCGACUACCUUCCAUACGAGAAUGUCCGAACCAUUUUGAUGCGGGUCGAGAAUGGCGCGCAGCUACGGCGCAUCGAGGUCAACUCCCCCCAGAUCCAAGGCUUGACGGGAGAGAUCUGGCUACGACUCAUUGAGAAGCACUUUCCACUUGAAUUUCGCAACAAAGCCUACAAGCCUGCCAAUCCCGACAAGUGGCACAAGGUCUACGAGAAGUACAAGAAGGAACAUGACGAAGCACGCGAGGAGAGUGAAAGACAGCUUGCCAGUUCCCUCGCAGGCUUGAGACAGAACAAAGAGCAAAAGACGAGCAGGAUUGUGGACCAAAAAGCCAUGCGCGGCGCCAUAGGCGAGCCCUCUAGGAGCAGAAGGCCCCAAGACAGAAGCGGAUCGUCGCUGAGAUUCGGCAGUGGGAGUCGCACUGGUACAAUGUCCGGUGCAAGCGUGAUGAAGAAGGUCCGCAGGGAGGUCAAGGAGGUCGCCCGAAUCCACGGCAACUUGUCUAGGAACAUUGGCGCGCCAAGGCCUUUGAUGAAGAUGGCAAAGGCACCGCAGGCCUUGAUAGAUGAACGUCGGAGAGCUGCGCUGCCCGGUGUCGGCAGGGUCAGCAGCAACCCGGUGAGGAAACCCGCUGAGAAGCCUGUCAAGUCGGGCGACGACAAAGGCGGCUCAAAGGCCUACGUCGAAACCUUUGGCGCCAUCCAGCUCAAGAGCCUCUGCACCAGCUAG